UAUUCUCCCGAGAAAAUGACAGGCCGAGGGAAGGGAGGCAAGGGCUUGGGCAAGGGAGGGGCGAAACGACAUCGGAAGGUUCUGAGGGACAACAUCCAGGGUAUCACCAAGCCUGCGAUUCGGCGUCUCGCUCGUAGAGGUGGCGUGAAGCGUAUCAGCGGUCUGAUCUACGAGGAGACCAGAGGAGUGCUCAAGAUCUUUCUGGAGAACGUGAUUCGUGAUGCCGUGACUUACACCGAGCACGCGAGGAGGAAGACUGUGACCGCCAUGGAUGUGGUGUAUGCUCUCAAGAGGCAAGGAAGGACCCUCUACGGUUUCGGGGGUUAAAUCGGGAAUUUCAUGUCGAUAUUUUGGGAAUUAGGGUUAAUUGUUUUUCAUGGUAGCAUUUAGUAUUGAUGCAAUUUGUACCUUUACUUUCAAGUAAUAUAAGUUCGAUUUGUUA